GCAAAAAAAACACAGAUGCUAACCUAUGUCGGUUGUACAGUGCCCUACUACAAUCGGCAACAACAAAACGAAAAUAGUAGGCAAAUAAGCGGACGAGUGUGUUUAUGCUCUCGAAAAAAAGCCCCCAUCCGAAUCCGAGUGAAUAGUGAGUGCCGAUCCCUGCUCCAGUGCAAUAUCGGGCGUUCAAAUUGCGCUAUUAACUCGCAAACCGAAUCGAAAGCGGAGAAAUAGGAAAGGUGAAAAACGAGGACGCGCGACGCUUGUGGAUGGUGAUGCUCCGCUGAGUCGGGAAGUCCAGCCAUGGAGUCGAUUGUCCUGCACUCGGAUGUGGCGCGCUUGGUCCUGGGCUACCUGGUCAACCAGAAUCUGAAAAGGGCGGCCCACACCCUGUGCCGCACAUCGCCCCACCUACACCACGAGUUCCUGGCCCUCAAACAGGGCCUGCAGACCCACAACUUUCUCAACGGCGGCCUGGAGGACAUCAUCUGCGAGCAUGUCAAGAUCACGGGAUUGGUGGCCGGUGCCGUUCAGAAGUUGCCCCUGGAGUCGCGCCUGCAGCUGCAGCAACUGAAGCUGUCCGAACGGGUCAGCGAACUGAUAGCCACUGGCGAAAAGAGCAGCUGCACCAAUGGGAGUAGCACUCCUGGCGAGCCCAGCAUAUCGCAGUCUCAUCGCAAAAGGAGGCGCUUACGCAACCACUCGCCCGUGAACAGCCUGUCCUCGCCCUCGUUCAGCAAGCGGCCUCGUCUGCUGCCGCCGCACUUCUACUGCAGCGUAAGUCGCGAUAAGAUCAAGCAGAGCUUCCUGGUCAGCCAUGAGGGCCAGGAGGCGGAGCUGGAGGAAGAAGAUGAGAGCACCACGGCCACCGAGGACUUGGAGGAAGAAGAGCUGCCUCCGGUGAAUGGUCCUGGGCCGCGCAACAAUUCCACUCCGCGUCAGGGUCAUGCUGAGGCUGAUCCUCUCGUGCUUACGCCGCAAAGCAUGCCGGAACUGGCUAGUGCGAUAAUUAAGAACCAGGACUUCCAGGCGACUCUGGUGAAGAAUAUAAACGUGGCGCUACAGACGGUGACUGUGACCAAUCCAACAAUAAGCUGUGACGCUAUGCUGGACGGUCUGGUGAAAAACAUACUGGAGGCCACCGAGAAGGAUCCCUCAUUCGAUCGCAUCAUCCAGGAGGUGGUGGUUGGUGAUGAGCAUGUCCCAAAUGAGGAAACUCCUGGUGUGUCGGCUGCUGUCAUUCCCACUGCCGAAGAGCAAGUGCCUCCGGCAGAACAGGCCGUAGAUCCUGUGCCACCGCAAACGCCGCUCAUCAUUCGUACCGCUGUGGCCGCCACCGCUGGCACCAAUGCGGACCCCAACUUCUCCAUCUCCAAGCUGAUUGUACUGAACUCCAACGAGAGUGUCCAAAAAAUGGUGGCCGGCAUGGACACGUCCAAUGUGAGCUUCACCAGCGACGGCCUCAAUCUGAACUUUGCGGAUCCGGCGUCCAUGCUCUCCGAUGUAGAUGCGGCGUCUGCCGGUCAGGUGUGUGUGGACGCCACCACCGGGCAGCUGACAUUCCCCAUGUACCUCUCCAACGGCGGACUGCUGUCGCACCUUCCAUUCCUGGUGAACAACGAAUGGGUGGCCCAGCAAUUGGGCCCGGAUGCCUUCGCCAACAUGGAUGACUCGCACAUAGAGAUCUCCCUGCCUGAGCCGAUAACACUGUCAGCCAAUCAGCUGCCCCCCAAUUCCAUUAUCAUCAACAGUGCUCAGAAACAACCACCGCCUCCUAGCUUAGAACCACCCGUGCAGUUGACAAAAGAGGAGGAUAAGACGUUAAAGGGGGCGGGAUCAAAAGAACAGCCGGAGGAGCAACUGGAAGAGGAGCAGCGAAAGCUGCCACCCGCUUCCCUGGACUCUUCCCGACAGGUCAUGGAGAGAGUGACGCCCUCCACGGCGGGGAUAAUCAAUGUAAAGGCCUUCCGUAGCUUAUCCACUCCUCGAAAGAGAACCUCGCAUGUACGAACUUUAACUUUCUCCCCUAAGGUUCCUUCUGGUGGCGUCCUGCACCCCAAUACGCCGCUCUCCACUAGGCGACCUGGUUUGCUGGCCAAAGCCAAAGAGAAGCCUAUUAUCAACCAUGUGGAGAUCAUCCAGGCAGCCUGCGAUUUAAGCUCGAACGAGGGACUGGGCGGUGUGCCGCCAUUGUUUGCCAUGGAGGAGUGCAGCAACCAGACGGUGAUCAGGGCCAAUCCUCCAGCUGCACCCACAUCAGCUCCGGCACUGCCGAUGGCAGCCACGCCAAAAAGAAAACAGAAACGCCAGGCGGCGGUCAAGGCGUGCAAACGGAUAAUCUCCCAGGCGGAAACGGAAUCCAAGCCGGAAAAGAACCAGGAGAAGGCGGUGCCCAGAAACAACUCCGCCUGCAGCGCAUCUUCUUCCGCUCACGAUGACAGCGCCGAGGCCAGCAAAGAAAAUCUCCAGGAGCAGCAGAAAGUGGAGAGAAAGCCAGAGGUAGGCUCCUCCGCUAGAGAAGCAGUUACCGAGAACGACAUGGCCGCCUGGCAGCGCCAGUUGCAUGGCUCCAACUCUGACCUAGAGAAUCGGCUGCGUGAGAUCAACUCCAAGCGCGAGGAGGUGAAGACCACCGGUCGUGCGAGGCGUCCAAAGAAGAAAGACACGCCCACAUCAGCUUCCUCAAAAGCACGAAAAGCCUCCAUGGCCAGGGCUAAGGUGGAGUCCAAGAACCAGGUCAAAAAAGCAGUGCGCAGCGUUGGCGAUUCCACAGAGAAGAUCAACAUCAAGAUCAUCACUCCGCAGAAAUCCAAGACUCUGAAAAAGAAGAAGAUUUUGGAGACCAAAGAGGAAACCGUAGACGAAACCAUAGAUGAAACCAUAGACGAAACCCAAGUGGAGGUCGAGGCAAAGAAUAAGAAAAAGGAUAUUGAGCAGGCGACGGCAUAUGCGGACGAACUGGUGCGCGUCAACAUGGCCAUGUUGCUGGAUACGCCUUUUAAGGCAUCUCCUAAAGGACCGGAAGCCAGUGGUGCAGCACAAGAAGACACAACAUCGAAGGAAGCAGGUGGCUCCGAGUCCGCCGCCAUCCCACCCACUCCAGGGAUGGCUAUUCUACCGCUGGACACGCCAUAUGGCAAGUUGCCCAGCAGCAGCUUUCUGUUUGGCUCGGAUACCAAAAGUAUUAUGGAUACGCCCCAGUUAAGCGCCAUUACCCCCGGGUUCCGCUUGACACCCUUUGGCCAGAUGCCGGGUACUCCCGUGGGUAGCGCUGCCAAGACUGAGUACUCUUCAGGCAGCUCCUACUAUCGUCCGGACGAGGCGGAGCACACGGAUGCAAAUGCGCAGUGCGCAAUACAGCAAUGGGAAGAUAUCCAGGAGAAAAAACAGCCACAGGAUCGUUCUAAGGAGAGGAAAAAAAGCGAGGCAACUGAGGAAGAGCUCUUGCAAAAUAAAGACCGUCCUGUGAAGGAGAAGGAACAAUCAGCAGGUCGAAGGAAGGAAAGUCGUAAUCAGGGGAAGGAGGAGGAGCAUCCUGAGAACAACAAACAGACACCUAAAAGACCAGAGAAGCCGGAAGAAGAGCACGCUCAGGAAACAGAGAUCGAGGCUGUGCAAAAGGAAAAGGUUUCGGAGAAAACACCAGAGGUUGUGAAGCAACCCGUUGUCCUGUCCCUGGAGCCCAACGUCCUACGACGUGUUCGUUCCUUUGGCAGUGAGGCGGUGGACAGUGCGGAGUCCGCUGCAGCCGGCUCGUUUUCUUCAGAUCAGCAGCAACUUCCGCACUACAAGCUGCUGCCCGGUCUGCCCGAGGCCAUCAUCGAGGGAUCCAGCAAUUCUAGCUCUUCGGCGACCAGUUCUUCGUCCUCCUCCAGCUCGAGCUCGAGUUCAUCCAGUAGUUCAUCGUCUAGUUCCUCUUCAUCACAAAGUUCUCACAGCGGAAAGGCGUAUAGCGAUAAGGAGGAGGCAGAGGGCGAGGAUGUCGAUGGUGAGAAGUGCUCCAAGGAUGAGGAGGUGUUGCUCAACAUUGACAACCUAUCGAAUAUAAGCAGCACGGAGGACGAGGAGUGGCUAAAGGCAGCCGGCUCGGAGGAUGCAGUGCUGCCCAUGCUCGCUAUUGACAGUCAGCCAGGUCAACUAGUAAGCCAGGAUGGCGAGGUUCGCUAUCCCAUCCGAAAUUGGCUCACACCGAGCAAGGAGCAGGCCCAGGAGGCGGAUACCAGUGGCGAAUCGCGAACCUUUCCCAAACCUCCUGAACCCAUGGCCGCACGAUUAAGUGCAGCUGUUAAGCUACCGCCACUUCCCGAAGCUCCGCCAGCUGCUGCUCCUCCACCACCUCCGCCAGCUGCUGCCCCUCCACCACCUCCGCCAGAUGCAGCAGAUCCUUUGCCCGCUCCACCAGCGCCCUCUGCAAUCCUCCAGGAACACCAACGCCAGCAGCUCGACGAGAAGCGCCAACGCGUUAUGGCCAAGUUCAAGGAGCAGGCCCAACCAGCCAGGUCCCAAAGCAAAAAGACUGCCGCCAAGAAGCUCACUGCCAUGCGCGAAACUGCCAAGUUGGCCAAUCCCAGCAUCCAGAAGUCCCCGAAGAAGCGGGAGCACGUGGAGCCACUCAAAACUAAAGCGGCCAGAAAGCUGAUCGAACCUAUUCAGAAAGCCACAGCGUCCACAGAGGCUCCCGACCCGCCAGUUGUGGCACCCAAAGAUCCGCCAGCCGAUCCACCCACCAGCAAACUGGAUCCCGCCCUGCUCAUCGCCCUCAAUCUUUCAGCCAAGAAGCAGGAGCCAUCAACGGCUGUCAUCAAACCCAAAGCCACUCGUGCAGCAGUCGAGAUUGCGGCACAACCGGCGCCGGGAAAACGUGGACGUCCCAAGAGGAACGCGAACGCAGAGCCUCCCAAGAUUUGUAUGCGCCGAUCGUCGCGACUAAUCGACAAUAAAACCCCUGCUCCGGAAGAGGGCCUUAAGCCCAGUGGCGGAGAUACAGCGAAGCCCAACGCCAAAGCCACCACCAAAAAGCCGGUAAAGAAGCGUGCCGAAGCCAGGCCACCCUCUUCGACAACCGCCGGACCAGCAUUGCCCAUGGUGGCGGAAGCGGAAUCCACCCAGGCUUCACCAGACCAAAAGCCGCCAAACCCACCGCCGACGGUACAAGAAAUUGAGCAGAACCCACCCCCUCAAACCGAACCCGUAGAGCCCGAGGACAGCGAUUACGAGCAGGACAUAUGCCUGAGCAGCAGCCAGGAGCGUUGUACCUUCAACUUCUCCUAUGCGGACAACGGACCCAAGUCCAGCAAUCCGAUGAUGCGUCAGCCGUCGAGCUUUUUUAAGAACUACCAGAUGCGCAUGAUGACCGAUGACGAGCAAGUGCAUACGAUGCGCAUCGCCAGUCCCAAGAUGAUAAAUCUGAGCCAGCAACUGGCCAGCGUAAUACGCAAUAUACCCAAGAAGCGGAUACGCCGCCUGACCAGCAAUAGUGGAGCAACUGCAAUGGGAGCAAGUGCAAGUGGAGCGGAAGCGGAGGUGACUGCGGCUGCGGCUGCUGCUGGAGAAAAGCCCUCAGCCACGUCCACGCCGCUGGCGGAGAAGCCUCCAUCCAAGAGUGAUCCGCAGGAUGAAGACGAUCUGGAGGUGGCUACCAUCAAUUCAGCACCGAUAACAACGAACAGCAGCAGUGGAGGUGUCAGCGAGGAAACCCCGGAUAACUCGGCGCAGCAGAAGGAGCCGCAGAACCAGAACCAGAACCACAGCGUGGAGAUCGAGGACAUCGAGUCGAUACUCUCGCACCUUCACGGAACCUGAUUCCAUCUUCAUCCUAAUGUUAAUAUGUACACCUAAAUCCGCGCUCGUUGGCAAUCACGGGAGUAAAUCUCUCAGCUUUUUAAGCUCCCUAGUUAUACCUAGUUAUCCCUAAUUAUUUGUAGAAAAAGAUCAAGUUUUUAAAUGAAUUUAAAUAUCAUCAUUUGUAGUCUGUAAUCCAUGCAACCUGCAACCUUGGGCCACUGAUGUAGGUGUGCCUCAGGGAUCGUUAUUAUUAAAGUAUUUAUUUUCGCUGUAAGUUGAGACGGAGUAGCACAACCUGCUCACACAACAUUCACAAAAAUAUCCCAGAAGGAGUUACUAAUUUAUGUUUCAUUAUCCACAUUCAUAUAUAUAGAUUAUAUAUAUUUCUUAUAUAGCGCUGUAUAUUGAUAGCCAGUUGAUUUAAUUGUUAAGAGCCGUUUUUUUUCGUAUUACUAAGGCCCCGCCCGAACAAAAAUUUAUGAUUUGAUUUUAUACUCUAUCGGAUAAAGAGAAUAUAAGGAAAUAACCAAGCCAA